AUGAACGACAUAAGAAAUGAAAAGAGCAAUCAACAUUCAGUACCGUUAUCAUUUAUUUUGCAUGAAAUCAAACAAAUAAAUUCAACAUCGAUCAGCUGUAUCUGUGCCACUAAUCCUGAUUGUCAAACUGAAGCCGUCAUUUACGGCAAUAACCCUAGUAUUAUUUCUUAUGAUGACACUAAUGUUAUUUAUAAAAUACCAGGUUUUAUCAGAGGCUGUCUUAAUAGUGACUCACUUAUACAAUCGACUCUGCAAUGUCUAUAUUCAGAAUUAAAUUCAGAUUGUUUUGCAAGACUACUGAUUUAUACAUCAUUGUUCAACCCGACAUUUGAACCAAAUAGAUCCGCGCUUGAUCUACAUGCUCUUGUUUAUGAUCCAACACGGAAUCGUUUUCCUCCAAAUACUUUAAUAUCAAUUAUCUUUAAAGAAAUGAUGCUGGAACAAUGGAAUUCAUCUUGGUCGUAUGAACGGUUUUACGAAUCAUGUGCACCAAAGUAUUGUACUUAUCAUCAGAAAAUUCGUUCAAAGACUAUUGUGGAUAUACUUAUAACGUUGUUGUCCACGAUCGGUGGUCUUGCUGUUUCUCUACGUUUUAUCACUCCUUAUUUUGUCAAAUUGCUCUUCAAAUUAUGGGCAAUGAUACGUAAAAGAAAACAAAAACAACAAGAACAACAAGAACAACAAGGUAAUCAUUGA